UUUCUCUGUUAACAGUGAGCGUUACUGUAUCAUCCUGCGGGGAAAUGAGCACCUGAGUCGCGGAGCAUACAGUCUGUCGCAUUUACAGGUUCAUUUUAGAAAAGUUUCAUUAGUUUCGAAGACAAACAGGGGAAGUUAGCUGAGAAAAAAAAAAGAAAUCCGCGUCCGUCAGACAUGGUCGGACAAACCAACUAACUUUUUGUGACCAGUUAUUGUCCUAACAAUGAGGCGUUUACAAUCAUUCGCCACUGUGCUCUUGAAGGCUGCAAUCUUACUUUUUGCCACUGUAAAGGUUUUACAUACACAACAAUGCCAGCCUUGUACCUAUAAAUCUAACCGCAUCACCACAAGGCAAAUCUCAAUACAAGUGGCAGUAAAUGCCAAAUGCGAUGUUUACAAUACCACCUUCAACCAGACGGGGGAUAGCUUGAUCAUCAAUGAACUGACGCCAGGAACCAAAUACUCUUUUACCAUCAACUGUACUGAUGUGCAGAAGUGCUGUGCUAACUUCACUACACAAGCAGUCAAUCUUACAGUCAUGCACAUCAACACAACAUCUGUGAAUGUCACCUGGACAGGGUGCCCCGUUGCAAAUGCCUCGUUCAUGUUCACCACACGCCCACAGGUCGUCAGCAACUUGGCCGCCAGUAACGUCACUUCCGAAUCCGUGUCUCUUAUUUGGGUCAAGGGCCAGGGCGAAAGCUCCUUCUAUAGAGUGCUUUGGGAAAUCAAAGGGGCCAGUAUGACCGAACAGAAAAGCACCGGUGACACCUUUGCCACGAUAGCAGGCCUGGUCCCGGGCACUAAAUAUAAUUUCAUGGUCAAAUCAGUCGGGGCUGAUAACCAGACUGAAGGUGACGUAGCUGGUCUGCAAGUGAUAACCAAGCCAGGAAUCGCUGAAAACAUCACAGCUGUCCAAGGGAACAGCUCUUUGAACGUGUCCUGGGACAAGCCCCAGGGCUCUGUGUCAAAAUAUGUGGUGCAGCUUGGAGGGCAAAGCAAGUCACCAGUCUCUCUUCAUGUUGAAUUUGAAAAUCUCCAAGCUGGAACUGUAUAUAAUUGCAAUGUGACUUCAGUUCUUGAAUCAGAAAACAGCACCUCAGACUCUGUUGAGUUGGCUACCAAGCCCAACCCUCCAUACUCUGUCAGCAUCAAUAACAGGAACAACAUCUCCUUGACUCUCGCAUGGAGCACUCCUCUCCUGAUGAAAUCAGGAACACAACUCUCUUAUGUGGUGUUGUACUCUUCCAGUGACUCGUCAGAGCAGGUCACUAAAAAUGGCACCUCUGCCAUACUGUCGGGUCUGCACUCUGGGACACAGUAUAGCAUUAAUGUGACCACCAUUGGACCUCAAAACCUGAGGAGCUCCACUGUCUCUUUGGCUGAAUACACUUUGCCCAACCCUGUGAUGAACCUCAGAAGCACUUCUAUGUCUACCACAUCAGUGAAACUGGAAUGGGACAGUCCUCUUGAUCCUCAGAGUUACUAUAGAUAUGUGGCCAAAACAGUAUCUCCAACGCAGACAAAUCAGACUGUGUCUGAAAGCAGUGUUGACAUUACAGGCCUUCAACCUGGAACUGAAUAUAACUUCAGUGUCACAACCACUAUAUCACCAUCUCCUAUUGUCCAGGGGCAGUCUGAAUACGUUUUGGGCUAUACAAAACCCACGACUGUAGUUAAUAUCUCAGCAGUGGCUCUCAGCACAACUCAAAUUUGCCUCACAUGGGAAUACCCAGCAGACCAUAAAGAGUAUUACACAUAUGAAGCACAGAUUGUUAGUGGCUCUGUCCAGAGCAUUAGCACCUCUAACAAGAGCAUAGUUUUUGACAACCUGGUCCCUGGCACCAAUUACAUGUUCAAGGUCAUCACCAAAGCAAAUAACAAGACAUCUCAGCCAGUUGAUGUGUCCUCAUUCACAAAGGUUGGGAAAGCAACAGGCCUGACUGCGAUCGGAACCACAACAAGCAUGGCAGUCACCUGGGACAGUCCCACUGGAAUCGUAGCGACGUACGUCAUCGUAAUCUGCCAAAGCCAAACUCCGAUCCAAAAUGUGACUGAGGUGACAAACCAAUCGGUUGUUUUUGAAAAUCUGCUGCCAGGCAAAAGCUACACAAUCAAGGUGACUACCAAAAGUGGACCAUUCCAGGAGGACUCAGACAUGGUCACAAAUGCCACAUAUCCCAACCCUCCCAGGGAGCUAGUGGUUGAGCAAUUCACCAACAGCUCCUUAAGCCUGACGUGGAAGAGGCCUCUAAAUAUGACAUUGGGAGAGUACAACUACAGUGUGACCAGUACAAGCACUUCCAAUGUGACGAUGAAUAACAACAUAACCAUGAAUAACCUGUUGCCAGGCACUCAGUACAACGUUACAGUGAAGACUGUGGGUCCCCUGAACUAUGAGAGCACAGCGGUCACAAUCUCGCAGUACACCAAUCCCAAUCCGCCGAGUGGGCUGGAACAGCUCAGAAUCAACACGGGGAGUGUGACAGUGAAUUGGACUCAGAGUGAUGCUAAAGGGGGCUAUUCGUACCAGGUGACUGCUUACUAUCCUAACGGGACGCAGGUUAAACAGCUCUUAUACAAUGAGACCACAGCAACUAUAGAGGACCUGCCGUCUGGAGGGGAGUACAACGUCACUGUCAUCACUCGGACUCCAGGGGGCACUCAAGCUCCAGCCAAGUCCAUCAUUGCAUUCACAAAACCCAACCCAAUCACUGGGUUAGUAGCUAUCACACAGAACGAGUCUACAGUGUUCUUAAACUGGACCAAACCCAUAGGCUUCCCUUCAGGCGGGAUUUACUACAUAACAACCAACUGCAGCGAUGCCCAACCCAACCGGACAAUCCACGUUGAAACCAUCUACAUCACAGGACUGAGCCCAGGAAUCUCCUGUUUCUCCACUGUGUACAGCCAGGUCAACAACAUCUCAGGGGACCCAGUCAGCAUCGAAUAUAGCACAAAGCCUCCUAAAGUCUCUCCUGAAGUCAAGCAUGUUGGCAAAAUGGGCACCCUCUAUGUGACAUGGACACCCGUGAAGGGUGUCGACAAGUACGUUGUCUCCUUGGCCACUGCUGGAGCCCCCGUCCAGACUGUUAACAUUAGCAACAAUGAGAGCACUAAUCACAAUCUGUCACACACAUUUUCCGACCUGCUGCCCGCCACCGUGUACAAGGUCACCAUUACGACAGUCAGCGGCUCCUUCAGUGAGUCGUCAGAUCCGGUUUCCAUAGCAACCUAUCCCACCAAACCUGGAGCAAUCACAAUCAUAGAAACAACCACAGACUCCAUCACACUAGCAUGGGUCAGUGCUCCAAACAUGACCAAUGGCAGCUUCAAUUAUGCUGUCACAUAUGAAACAGCAGGAGCUAAUAGUAGUGAAAUCACCACCAACAACAUCACCCAUCUCCUGUCCGGCCUCAGUUCUGGAACACCUUACAACAUCUCUGUGGCAACUGUUGGUCCAAUGGACCUCAAGAGUGACUUGGUGUUCUUGUACCCUGUGACAACAAGACCUAAAAGCGUAACCUAUCUGAUUGUGUCCGCAACAAACACAAACAGCAUCACAGUGCAGUGGACACCCCCUUCUGGUUUCAAGGAUGGAUAUAAGUAUAACGUUAGCGGCCCGAAAGGAACACCAUCGAGCACCACCCAAAGCAAUAAGUUCACAUUCACUGAUUUAAGUGCUGGAAGUAGCUACAACUUCAGUGUACAGACCCUCACUGCCGACAACACUGCAGGAGCUCUGGUGUAUACAUCAGGUUGCACAGAUGCAGCUGAAGUGUCUCCCUUAACCUGUACUGGGCCCAACCGGACAGAAGCCAUUCUGCAGCUGACGUGGAAUAACCCUCCUGGCAACAACAUAGGGUUUGAGAUCCAGCUGGGAAACUCAAAGGAACAAAUUUCCAAAUGUAACCCCACUGCAUGCAGUCAUACCUUCUCUGGUCUGUCUUACUACACUGAUUACACGGUUGACAUCGUGACAAGAGGCUGUGGGAAGAACAGCUCUGUUAAAAGUGUGUCCUGCAAGACUGGCAUCACAGUCCCUCCUACAACGAGCACUGAAAACACUGUGACGACGGCUGACGUAGAGUACAACAAGUUCACUCUCCAGCUAAGCACCAGCCUGUUCAACAAAACCUACGGCCCUAUAGUCGCCUACGGCAUCCUUGUCACUUCAGACACUGGGUUAAUAAAUGGUGGAGGAGCAAGCAGUUACCUGACCAAUACCCAUUCAGACUGGACAGCAAGAAAGACCAGCACAUACCUGGCUGUUGUUCAGCAGUUCCAGUCUGAUGCUUCCAGUGCUGUCUCUGAGAGGUCAAGGCGCAGUACAGGCACGGUCACCGCGGUGAUCGGAGAUGAGACUCAGUGGCAGGACUACGUAAAUGGACCACUCAAUGCAAAGGGGAGUUAUAGCUAUGCCGUUGUCACUUUCACCCAGCUUGAAGUGCAGAAUGGGCUUAUUUCAAUAACUGAGUCCUACUUCUCAAUCACUGAGUUCCACAGGACACCUGUAGAUCUUCCUGAAAAUCCAGCGGUCAUUGGUGGAGCCAUAGGAGGAGGUAUUGCAGCCAUAGUCAUCAUCCUUAUCGUCACUAUGAUUAUUGUCGCCACCUUUAAGAGAAAGAAAAAUAAGGAGGACACUCCAGGAGUCCCUAUCCACUCCAUACGAAACAAAGUGAGUGAACCCAUAAAGGUGGAGGACUAUGAGGCACACUAUAGAAGGCAAAGAGCUGAUUCCUUCUGUGGCUUUGCACAGGAAUUUGAGGACCUCAAGCCUGUGGGUAUUAAUCAUCCCAAGAACCAUGCUUUAGCCCCUGAAAACAGAACAAAGAACCGCUACAACAAUGUGCUACCCUAUGAUAACUCACGGGUCAAGCUGUCUAUCCAUGGCAAUCCAUUUGAUGAUUACAUCAAUGCCAGCAACAUGCCCGGUUACAACUCCCGUAAGGAGUUUAUCGCCGCUCAGGGCCCCUUGCCUGUCACAGUGAAUGACUUCUGGAGGAUGAUUUGGGAGAAGAAUGUUCAUACGGUGGUCAUGCUUACCAGAUGCAAUGAGCAAGGACGGGUGAAAUGUGAAGAGUACUGGCCAGUUGGCCAGGAGUCCAAACAUUUCACUAAUCUGAUUGUGACCACAACCUCUGAAAUUCCUCUGGAGGAUUGGACAAUUCGAGACUUUGAUGUCAAAAAUGUGAAGACGGCAGAGACGCGCGCCGUCCGGCACUUUCACUUCACGGCCUGGCCAGAUCACGGCGUGCCGGAGACCACCGAGCUGCUCAUCAACUUCCGGCACCUGGUGCGGGAGCACAUGGACCAGUAUUCCCGUCACUCCCCGACCAUGGUGCACUGCAGCGCUGGCGUGGGCCGUACGGGGACGUUCAUUGCCAUCGACCGGCUCAUCUUCCAGAUUGAGCGGGACGGUGUGGUUGACAUCUAUGGAAUCAUCCAUGAUCUCCGAAUGCACCGAACACUCAUGGUACAAACUGAGGACCAGUAUGUGUUCCUGAAUCAGUGUGCCAUAGAUAUUAUCAGGUCACGGACGGGGACUAAUGUGGACUUAAUCUAUCAGAACACAGCUGCCCUCACUAUUUAUGAAAACUUUGAACCCAUGAAGAAGUCCAAAAAUGGAUACCACAAAGCUUAGUUGUCCGAGCCUCUCAACAAGCUUGGCGUUUUCUGUGGAACCACUGAAGUAAUUGUUAAACUAAUUCUUUUCUACUGUUUUAAUUUCCAUAGAAGGGAUUUUUGACUUUUUCAUUUAGAUAUUUAUUUAACCGUAAGUAUGAAUUUGCAGUUUUUGAAGGAAUUGAAAGAGAAGUUUCAAUACAUGAAGACCACUUAAAUUUUUUACAGCUUGUUUUGGUCAUUUCUAUGAACCAGGUACUAUCAGUGUAGUUUCUUAUGCUGGUAUUUAUUUUACUCCGUGUUUACACACUGUAGAUGUAUUAGGUGUGCUAUACUUCUGAUUUUCAAAAUAAUUUAUUUUUAUAUAAGUUAAAAUGAUUCAUUUGUCUACUUUUAUCUGUGCAAUACAUCAUGUCAUCUAAAUGAAUAUGCAAAAGUUUUAUUUUGGUUAAUAUAUAUAUUGCACUCAGGACAUCAUCGAUGAUAUGCUUUAGGUUUUUGCAUAUACAGUAUAUACAUGCUGAUCUUUAAGUAUGCUGUUAAAUAUUUAAAUUGAUUUAAAUGCUAUAUUUUAAUGUAUUUUAUAGAGUAUAUUGUUCAGACAUGAGCACUUUCUUAGCAAUACAUUCCAUCAGCUACUUUAGUGACAAGGUGUUGUCUGCCCCUCUCUACAAUGACCAAAUGUCUUAUUAUGUCAGGUUAUAAUUUGCCCUCCACAGUGUUUUCUGUUUAAUUCCCUCAAACCUCUGGUAGUUUUCCUGUCUCUUACUGUAGCUCUGCUCUACCCUAACCUUAAAUGCACUGAAAGACUACUUUUCUCCCUUUAAACCUAUGAAGUUGUAAUGUUUAUUUUCUUGACGAGUGUAGGCCACAUAACCUUUGUUUGUGUUACCUCAUAAUUGGUGUACUUUGUUAUAUAGACAAAAAACAAUGAUGGAUCAUAGAUGUAAAUGUGACAGUCCACAGACUUGCUCAUAGCUAUGUAUACUUUUUAAAAAUACAUUUUAUACUGUUUUUAUUAUUUAUACAUUCCACUGCAAUACCACUGCGAUACAAAAUUACAUUUAUUUCACUGUCAUUGGUCUGUCAUUUCAAAUAGUAAUUUCUGAAAUGAUUUUGAAUCAAUGGCUUAUGUUUUCAUCCUGAGAACAUGCUUUGGUCACACUUCAAAAAGGGAUCUUGAUUGACCGUUGUUGUAAUUUUUUAUGUACUGUUCCUUUGACUACUGUAUGUAUUGUAAUAUGCAAAAUCUUUGUAUAAACGUGUGUGUGUGUGUGUGUGUAUGUGUGUAUGUAUGUUGCAUAAACAUUUCACAGAAACUUUUCAAGAUAUGUAUGCUUUAAACAGUUCUCUUUUCUUGUUCUGUAGCUAAACUCUAAAAGAGAAAUGCAUUAUGCUGGUCACAAUGACAAUCUGUACGUGUUCAUAUUGAAGAGUAGACUUAAAUAUAACACAACCUCUUUAAAUAUA